AUUUUAUUUUAUUUUAUUUUUUUCUUUCUUUCUUUCUUUCUUUUCGUUUCUUUUCAAUAUUUUUCUUCGUAGUCGAAUAAAAUGAAUGAACAAGACAUUGUAAAAUUUUGUGAAAUUACAAGCGCCUCAACAGAAGUUGCUAAAAGAUUUUUAGAAAUUGCCGAUAAUCAUUUCGAAACAGCUGUAACAUUAUAUUUAGAGAAUGAAGGAGCAGAUAUAGCGAAUAGCUCUCAUCAUAAUCAUAGCAAUAGUAGUAGCUCCUCAGUACCAAGAUCUACUUCUGGUGACAAUAUAAUGAGCGAUGAAGAACUUGCAAGACAAAUGCAGGAAAAAGAAAAUGAAGUGAGAGCGCCCAUUGCUUCUAAGACUGACAUCUUGACUGGUGGAAGUCCAAGUGGAAUAUAUCAUACACCCUCUUUAUGGCCACAAAGAGAUCCAGUGGGCAUUAGUCGUCCUUCUGUAUUUAAUCAAGGUGAUUCAACUACCGGAUCUGUAACAGAUUUUUUAAACAGAUUACAACCUGAUGAAUAUAGCCGUUCCAUCUCUGGAUCACCUUCUGAAAGUAUUAUUUCAAGUCCUUCAACUGCUAAAGCUAAAAGGCUAGCUGAUCUCUUUCGACCACCAUUUGAUAUCAUGUUUCGUGGUAGUUUUGAAGAGGCAAGAGAGACAGCAAAAGAAAAGAAUAAAUGGCUAAUGAUUAAUAUACAAGAUCCAACUGAAUUCGCUUGUCAAGUUUUAAAUAGAGAUUUAUGGAGUGAUACGUUUGUAAAAGAUAUUGUUAGAGAAUCAUUCAUCUUUCUUCAGUAUUCUAAUAAAAGUAGUGAAGGUACAAGAUAUAAUACACUUUAUUCUAUAAGUAAAUAUCCACAUGUAGCUAUUAUUGAUGCUCGAACUGGUGAACGUAUGAAAUUUUGGGAAUCAGAACUGACACCUACAGACUUUAUGAUGGAUGUAACAGAAUUCUUGGAACAGAAUCUAUCCGGUCCAACUGGCUCACGUUCAUUAUCUAACAUGAAACGACCAAGAGUAUCAAAGAACAUAAAUGAGAUGAGUGAAGAAGAACAAUUGAAUGCAGCUAUUGCAGCCUCAUUAAAUAAUAUUAAACAGUCAAAUGAAACAGCAGCAUUACCACCUAUAUUGAGUAAUAAUGAUAAUGAAGUUGAUAAAAAGGAGGAGAUAAAAGAAGAAGAAGAAGAGAAAGAGGAAAUAAAAGCAGGAUCAGCAUUUGAUGCUAUUAAAGCAAUAAAAAGAGAAGAGCCAACAGAUAUGACAAAUUCAACGCGUAUUCAAUUCAGAAUGGGUGACGGUAGUAGAAUUAUUAGACGAUUCCUAAAAACUGAUCCUGUAAGAUCCAUGUUUGAAUUCAUAAAAGCUGAGGUGUCUGAUGCAAAAGAACAGUCAUUUGAGGUAAAUAAGUCUAAAAAAAGAAAAAAAAAUUAAAGAAAUGGAAGAUGUGUUAUUCAUCAUUUAUAUUAAAUAGUUGGUAUUUAAUCGUACACAAUUAAUUGAUAUUCUCGAUCAAACUAUUUCAGAAGCUGGUUUAUCUAAUGCAGCAGUUCAUUGCGUCUUUAUUUAAAAUAAAAUAAAAUAAAAUAAAAAAUAUGAAAAGUUAUACAC